AUGAGCAAAUUCACUGAGAAAAUCAACCAGUUGAAGGAGGAAUCCGACCACAAGCAGUCUGCCUACUACCAGCUCAAGACCGUCUACACCACCAAGCAGGACGAAUUGACCCAGAAGGAGUACCAGUUGAGGGCUUUGACAGCCCAGAAUACCUUUUUGACCGAGAGAUUGGCUCGUCACAACUCCCAGCACCAGGAGAAUUCUGACCAGCUAGCCAAGAACCAGGAAGCAAUUGCUGGCCACCAGAAUCGCAUUGACACCCUCACCAGAGACAUAACUGAGUUGGAGACCCGUUAUGACGAAACCGUGGCAAAGCUCAGCGAGGUCCAGGCCGAGUUGCAUGACAUUCACCAGGCGCUCUCGUAG